AUGGGGAAGCAUAGAAAAGGCACGCGAACCGUUUUACCGGAUGCCUUAAAGAAAUGUGGUCUCAUGGAAUGUGCGGGUUUAAAGCCAGAGUCGGCAAUCUUUUCCAUUUUCCUCCUAGCCUGUGCCAAAAUGGGAGCUUUAGAACUUGAUAUUGACAUACAUCUCAGGAAAACCAAUGGAGGAAUAUUUUCAGUUGUUGUAGCUGCAACUGCCUUAGCAGAUGUGUAUUUGAAGAAGUCAGUUAGAUGCUCACUUGUUCAAGAUUCACUCAAUUCUGGUAGUCUGGUCAUUGUCACAACGCGUGACGAGGGUUUGUUAACAUCAGCUGGAAUUUCUAGUCAUUAUAAAUUGAAAGAAAUGAAAAGAGGUCAUGCAACAGAACUCUUCUGCAGGCAUGCCUUAGGCCUGGCAAAAGCGCCUCCUGGAUACGACAAGUUAUUGAAUAGCUUUGUAGACUUCUGUGGAGGUUUGCCUCUGGCUAUACAAGUGUCUGCGGCCAAUCUUUUUGGCAUUACUGACAUAGUUAUUUGGCAUUCAGAAUUGCAGAAAUUUGAGAGAAGUCUGAAUCUGGAAAUAAUUAAAAAACAAUUGGAAUAA